CUAGCCUCGUGUGACGUCAUCACAUCGCGCGCUUCAUAGCUCCGCCCAUGGCGUCCGGCGGUUGUCAUAACGACCAUCCAGGCGAGGUUCCGCGAAGUGUGAGGAGGAUUGACCCCUGCUGCGAGCCGUAGUUUCUCAUGUCCGGGGGAGUUACCGUCACCGUUCGUCUCGUCAGAUCCUUUGAACAUCGGAAUUUCCGUCCGGUCGUUUACCAUGACGUCAUCCUGGAUCAGACGGUGCAGGAGUUCUUAGAAUUUGUCAAAAAAGAUGUGGCGCAGCGGGAUGGGCUGCCUCCCCCCUUCAGGAGACAUUCGUACGAUAUGAUGAAGAUCCUUCACCAGGCGCAUGGAUCUAAGACCAAUGAACUGGUGGUGAGUCUAGAAGACGACGAGAAGCUGAUCCUGCGGAGUGAGGACACCCUGCGAGCAGCUGGAGUAGCCCAGGAGACGGAGCUCGCCCUCUUUUGCGACGCCGACUAUAGACGGUACAAGCAGAACCCGGUGUCGUCCUGGUGACACCGCACUGGAUCGCGCUACAUGUGACCAUCAUCCCUGUUAUCACGUACAAUGGAGACCGCGGAGCGCUGGAUGUCUGAACAUAAAGGAUCAGAGACACCCCUCAAUACCAGGGUCACCCCUUUAAAAUUUGACAGCUUCUUAUACCGGUGUUUCCCAAGCAGGGUUCCUCUCCAGCUGUUGCAAAACUACAACUCCCAGCAUGCCCGGACAGCCGAAGGCUGUCCGGGCAUGCUGGGAGUUGAAGUUUUGCAACAAUUGGAGAGGAAUGCUGCUUGGGAAACUGUCCUAAAAAUUCAAUUCCAAUCUGUUACUUUAGAAAGCUGAGUGUUGAAUAAUGCAGCAAUGACCGCGUCAUUACCCUGGGCGUCAGACUAGGUGACAAGUCAAGCAAGUGCGGUUUUCUUCCAUAAACAGCGCCCCACCUGUCCUUAGGUUGUGUGUGGUAUUACAACUCUGCUCCAUUUAAUUCAGUGGAGCUGGGCUGUAAUGCCAGCUACAACCUUUGGACAAGAGUGGCGCUGUUUUUAGAAUAAAGCAGCGAUGGCCUGUAAAAAAAUAAAAAAACAU